AAUAGUAAUAAUUACUUUAGGUUCAGCUUUUUAUAUCUAUUUUCAGGAAGUUUCCUUUGGUUGAAUGGUUGAUGACUUUGUUAUUUUCCAAAGACCAAGUUCGUUGCCGCCCUUGGAAUUGUGUGUUUCAUGUGCUUCAUCUCUUUUGCCGCCUAACUUCUAGACUUCAAUGGAAAAAAAGCCAUCCCCUUUCUAUUUCCCAUUGCCAAUUUGCUGAAUUUUAAACUCUGGGUUUUGUUUCUUUUCACGUGGAAUCUCAACUGGAAUGAAUACUCUUGUCCCCAGAUUCAUACUGUGAGAAUGGAAGGGAAAAAUAUAAGCAUAGAUAUUCCCAGGAAUGGAAAAUCCAAGGUUCUUGAUCCAGUGUUUUCUGCCUUUCUUGUUCAACUUCCUCACAAACUUCAGAACUGUCUUAAGUCACAACUCAAGAGAUUAGCCAAAGAUGGUGACAGAAUAAAAUCAGUGAACUCUUUUCUUGAGAAGAACCGUUCAUCUGCCGGAUUGCGGAUGGAUCGGGAGAAACAAUUGCAAGCUUGGAGAGAAAAUCCUUCAUGGGUCAGUCCACCUCCAGAAAUAGAGGUCAGUGUAGUGAAAGGCUCUCUUUGCCACCUUAAGGCAGCAGUUGAUGUUGGUUUUCCCCCAGAUGCAGUGUAUAACAUUGUCACUGAUCCUGAUAACAGGAGAGUUUUCAAAAACGUUAAGGAAGUGGUAUCAAGAAAGGUUUUGAUUGAUGAAGGUCAAAGACAAUUGGUCGAAGUUGAACAAUCAGCCGCGUGGAGAUUCCUUUUGUGGUCGGGAACCAUCUCAGUUCAUGUUCUAGUGGAUCAAAACAGAGAAGAUUACUCGAUGAGAUUCAAACAAUUGAGCAACGGAUUCAUGAAAAAGUUUGAAGGUUACUGGCGGGUUGAACCGCUUUUUGUCGAUGAGGAAACUUGUUUUCCUUUCAAACCGAAAACAUGGGCAGAGUAUUGUUCAUGUACUGGAGGUAAAGGAAGGAUUGGAUCAAAGGUGAGCUUAGACCAACUGAUUCAACCAGCCAUCGCACCUCCCCCACCCAUUUCUUGGUACCUAAGCGGAAUACCUGCAAAAACCACAGAGAUGCUGAUAAAUGAUCUACUUGCCGAAGCCGACAGAAUCAAGGACAGCCGUGACUCGGAAAUUUUGGACAAGGAGCUUGGGUUAUCAGAGAGAAUAAAUGAACAUUGUUACCAACUCGAUCAAUUCUGUGAUAUUAAAGAAAGAUGGAAGCCGCACCAGAGAAAUCGGAAGCUACUACGGCGUCGCAAGAAGCUGCUGACGGAUGAAUCCUCGAGUUUUUAAUUUGUUCGAAUUCAUCUGUAUGUUGUUGCAUCAAUAUUUUUAUGUGAAAUUUGCUCAACGUCUUUGUAACAAUAUCUCCAUUUGAAA